CGCUGGCGCACUCGCGCGCUGCGCUCGCCCCCUCCCCCGCCCGGGCUGUGGCGCGCGCGCUCGCUGGCUCUCCCUUCAUUUUUUCCUCCCCUCCCUCCAGCCUCCCCGUGUCUCUCUCUCUCUCCCCCCUCGAGCUGCCAGCUGCCCGCGGCUCCCUCGCGCUCCUCUCCCUCUCCCGUAGGCUCCCACCGAGCGAUGCGAGCUUUGGGAGACAGCGACGCCGCCUCCCGCUAGAGACCUGCCCCCCGGCCCGGCCCGGCCCCCUGCCCAGCCCUGCCCUGCGCGCGGGGGUCGGCGAAGGCGCCGCGGACGCACCGACGGCUGAGGACCCGCGAUGCACAUGCACUAGCAGCACCCCCUCACUCGCUCCCUCCACACCCCGCGCCGCCGCCGCCGCCGCCGCCGCCGCCGCCGCCGCCUCCUCCUCCGGCAGCAGCGGCAGGAGGACCCACCCUGCCCCCCACCCCACCCUCCGCCGGCUCCGGCUGCGGCUCCUGCCUCAACUAUUAUUUUAUUUAUUUUGGGUCGUGCACAAGCCUCAGUGCCUGCAGCCCGCGCCUCCUCGGACCGCGGGCGCCUCCUCCCUCGGCCCCGGAGCCCCAGACCCCGGCCACCUUCGCCUCGACACCCCUAGAGCCCGCCCGCUGCCGCCAGUCUCCGCUGCUGGGAUCUUGUCCGCGGCUGUCUUUUUGGGGGGUUCUGGUUUCCCGACAUUUUUGUUUUCAGCCAAGGGAAGGAUAUCGUGGUGUUUUUUUUUUGUUUGUUUGUUUUGUUUUGUUUUUUUGUUUUUUUGUUUUUUCCCCCACUGAGCCCAGGCUCUGCUCUCUGGGGGGGUGGGGGGCGCGCCGAGCCGGGGAGCCGUGCCAGCCGAGUCGUGCGGGCUGUGGCAGGGAAGGGGCCACCAUGGGAUGUACUCUGAGCGCAGAGGAGAGAGCCGCCCUCGAGCGGAGCAAGGCGAUUGAGAAAAACCUCAAAGAGGAUGGCAUCAGCGCCGCCAAAGACGUGAAAUUACUCCUGCUGGGGGCUGGAGAAUCAGGAAAAAGCACCAUUGUGAAGCAGAUGAAGAUCAUUCACGAAGAUGGCUUCUCUGGAGAAGACGUGAAACAGUACAAGCCUGUUGUCUACAGCAACACUAUCCAGUCCCUGGCAGCCAUCGUCCGGGCCAUGGACACUUUGGGCAUUGAAUAUGGUGACAAGGAGAGAAAGGCUGAUGCUAAGAUGGUGUGCGACGUGGUGAGUCGGAUGGAAGACACCGAGCCCUUUUCUGCAGAACUGCUUUCCGCCAUGAUGCGGCUCUGGGGUGACUCAGGAAUCCAGGAGUGCUUCAACAGGUCUCGGGAGUAUCAGCUCAACGAUUCUGCCAAAUACUACCUGGACAGCCUGGAUCGGAUCGGGGCCGCCGACUACCAGCCCACUGAGCAAGAUAUCCUCCGAACCAGGGUCAAAACCACCGGCAUCGUAGAAACCCACUUCACAUUCAAGAACCUCCACUUCAGGCUGUUCGACGUCGGGGGCCAGCGAUCUGAACGCAAGAAGUGGAUCCAUUGCUUCGAGGACGUCACAGCCAUUAUCUUCUGCGUCGCACUCAGCGGCUACGACCAGGUGCUCCAUGAAGACGAGACCACGAACCGCAUGCACGAGUCCCUGAAGCUUUUCGACAGCAUCUGCAACAACAAAUGGUUCACAGACACAUCUGUCAUCCUGUUUCUUAACAAGAAGGACAUAUUUGAAGAGAAGAUCAAGAAAUCCCCGUUAACCAUCUGCUUCCCCGAAUACACAGGCCCCAGUGCCUUCACAGAAGCCGUGGCUUACAUCCAGGCCCAAUACGAGAGCAAGAACAAGUCAGCCCACAAGGAGAUCUACACCCACGUCACCUGCGCCACUGACACCAACAACAUCCAGUUUGUCUUUGAUGCCGUGACGGACGUCAUCAUCGCCAAAAACCUGCGGGGCUGCGGCCUCUACUGAGCCCCUGCCUCACCUGCCGACUGCCCACCUCCCUGCCUGGCCCUCUGCCCCAUCCUCUGCCCUGGAACCGGAGCACCGCCACCGCAAACGCCACUCUCUGCACUCGACCAAGAAGCCUCGGGCGGGAGCACGGAGGGAGGAGGACACAGGCACACCUCCACCGGCUGCCCUGCCCCCAGGCAUCAGAACACGUGGUAACAUGGGGCUGUGCAGGCACCCACCCUGCGGGCCUCUGCUUCGGCUCUGAGUGUCGUGUCCUGGGGGGAGGGAGGCCUGGCCGCCGUUUGGCCCAGAAUGGGCAUGCACUACACUUGGUGACUCGGUGACUCGUACUCCAAGUCCCAGGGUCUCCUCCUGUGUGAGGGUGGCUCCGGGGGGCAGGGUGCUGGCCAGGGUGGGGCCAGCAGGAGCCCCUGCUCAGCUUUUUUGAGGUCUCUCUGGUCGAGGGCAGCUCCGUCACCAAAAGCCAGGGUGGGACCCUCCCAAAGGCGAGAGGGUCCCAGAGCUCGACCUUGGCGAGUGCCUCCCUCCUUCUACCUGGAUCUCAGCCCCCUGGCCCAGGCCCUUUCUUCUCUGGGCCAUCCUUCCUUGCACACCCUUGGUUCCCGUUGCCUUCCUGGGGAACCUGGAUCCCUGACUCCUCAGAGAUCAGGGAAUGCUUCUGAGACUGACAUACUGCAGAGGCCUGUGGUUGAUGGUGGGAGGGGUGGAGCCUCGCGCCUGGAGGGAGGUGGGGGAGGAGGAGGGGAGGCUGAGGGGAAGUAGCUGUGGUGUUGACUGGGAUGAGAGCCUCACAUGCCCGGUGCUCACAGGCUCAGGGGUGACCCAUUCACUUUCUCUCGUCGCUGGGUGUCACGCAGCUGCUCUAGAAUGUGAGUAGACCUGCUUUUCCUUCUCGAAUUCACAGUGAAUCCAACUCAGCAAGGGCAGGCAGGGCCCUCAGGCCCUGUGUACUGUGGCUGGGGAGGCCCAAGCCUGCAGCCAAGACCCCAGCUUCCUUCUGUCUCAGUGAGGAAACCAGAGUCUGUCCAAAGCCUGUGGCAUCCUGCCAGCCCUCAGGAGCAGAGGAGGACAGAGGGUGGGACCACCAUCCUCGAACGUACACUAUGAGGGAGGCCAGGCUGGCUCCCAGCGCCCCCUUCUCUGGAGGGAGUCCUAGGUUGCCUUGCAAGGGCUUUGCUACAGAGGUCCCUGAGCAGAAAGGGGUGGGGUGACUGUGGUAACCCAGGCCGUCGCUGGCCUCGGGCGGUCAGCACACCUCUCUCUCACAUGCAGGGGCCUCCCAUGGGCCAAGGCCACCAGCCAACACCCCAGGCAGGCUCUCCCUGGGAGCCCUGGGGUGCCCCUGGGGAGGCCUCCGGCUCCUUCUUCAAGCCAUCUGCCUUCCCGGGCUCCACUCUGGACUGCCUUCCCAGCCCCCUGGAUGGCCCAGAGCCAGGAAGAGUCCCAUGCCAUCAGCUCUGGGUUUCUUGGUUCCAGCAGGCAUGAAGCCCUGGCUGGUGCACGGGAAGCCCAGGGCAUCCUCCCUAGUGCCAGAUGCCUCAUCUGGUGCUCUCGCUGCUGCCCCUGGCCUUGUGGGAAAUCAUGAGGCGGCCAGGCUGCAGGAACCGGCCCACCAGCCCAAGCUCGGUACUUGUACCAGGUACCUUGUAGCAGGUGCUGGGGCACAGCAGAGGACAGGCCCCUAGAACCAACAGUCCUGACGCCAUGAGCAGCCAGGGCCAGUGAGGCCAUUCUGCCCAGCAGCGAAGACAGAGGAGUUAUGUCCCGGCCUUACCACCCUGGUGUGAUCAGCUGCGCCCCUAACUCUGCCCCGUGAGCCCACCCUCCAAAGCAGCUGCCGAGAGGAGAGGUGCUUGGCCAGCCCCACCUCUAAGGCCAUUGCCCUGGACGUGGAAGUCACUGGCCACCUGGGCCCAGGGCUCUCCAUCGCCCCGCUGCCCCCACCCAGACUCCUGUCUGCAGCAUUAGGGGGGCCAGAGGGGCAGGUCACUUGGGCCCUUCCUGUCCUUCUGUGCCCUGUGCCGCCCUGCUGCUGCUUGCAAUGCUCCCACUGUCUCGCCCAGGGUGGAAGCCCCUAGGGAGCGGGUAUCCAGGAUGAAGUUCCCUCCCUCUGCUGCGUCUCCCAUCCUCGUCACACCGGUGGCUCCACUGUGGGGAGGGAUGACAGAGGGUGACAGUGAAUUUUGGCUCCGUCGCGUGUAUAAGGGGAAGAGGUUGAGAGUGUGAGAGACGAGACAUGGGUGGGUCUCUUGUCUACAGUGGCCCCGUGCGUGUCCCCAAAAGGACCGUGCUUAGUGUCUGAGGAUCGCCCUCAUUUAGCAGGCUAAGGAAAAACUGGAUUUCUAGGAGGAGCACCUUUGCCAAACCCAUGAAAACCGUGCCUGCCAUCUAGCUGCCUGUGAGCAAGUUCCGAGCCCUGUACCCGUUGCCCUCACGAAAGCCCAGCCUUGGCCUUCCUGCUGAGAACUGAGAGAGCUCCGGGGCUCUCUGGCCUGGCUGGGGGGAGCGGUUCCCCGGGCCCAGUGGGGGCUCUCCCUGGCUCUGGGUCCCCUGCCAACAGCUGCGACACUCUGCCUUCUGUGGCCAGCUUCCACGGAGGCCUUAGAUGCCGGGCUGGCCCCUUCGUCUCCCGUCUGGCCCAGCAGGGGUCGUGCGCGCCUGCCCAGGAGUGGUGGCACAGAGGCGGGAGACCCCCACCCACUCUGGUGCCGGCAGGCAGAGCCACCUCUGGCCCCCGCCCAGCCCCCACCCCGCGGCGCCGUCCACGUCCACGCCUGUGCUGGGCGGCAGCAGCGAGGGCCUCCCCGUAGGCCACUGGCCCGUAAGCCGCCCGGGCCGCCCGGAGUCCUCUCCCCAGGCCCUGCCCUUUGCAGGCUGAGCCCUGCGGGAGGGGCUGCUCCCAAGAGUGUUUCCAGUUACCCUCCCCCGGGCCUCCCUGAGGUAGGGAAAUCUGCUGGCCCAGCGGCCGCAGCUGUCCAGCCCCCUUGAGCAGGUUCUCCUCUGAGCCUUCCGGAAGUUAGGUGCACCCUGGCAGCUGGCAGGCCCUGAGGCCCGAGGCUCUGGCUCUGUGGCCACCAUGGAUUCAGUCCCCCGAGUUGGCGCCCAAGCCUACUGACUGAAGGGUCCCAGCAGCCCCGGGCAGGGGACAGGGCACAGCAGACAGACCGGGGAACAGGGCCAGCGUGGGAGCUGCCGCUGGGUGUUGGUGGUCGGGCCACAGCCACCCCGCAGGGAAGCCAGUCCUGAACCGUGCCGCCCAGAGGCGUAGUGGGGCCUCCCCUCUGGGGGCUCUGGGGCUGCGGACACACCCCGCCCCAGCCAGACCAAGACCCCCGGCGAGGGAGAGGCAGGCUGGCAUAGAAGCAGGAAGGCGGCCUUCGAGUCCCACAGUCCCAGGCCCUCGGCAGAGAGGGGGUUCCCUCUGGAGGGGAGGCUUUCUGCUCCAGGCCCAGUGCUCAGGACCACCUCCAGGAGCCCACAGUCCAUUUGCACAGCCUGCAGCUCUGCCGCCCUGCUGCAGCACAGGCCGGGCCAUCUCCCUCCCCCUGCCCCACCCCUGCUGCCUCCCUGGCAGCAGCCAGGCCCUGGGGCUCCUGCUCCUCUCCUGGCUCCUCCCCACUGGACCUCCUCCCAACCCUCGCCCCCAGAUCUCCUCCCCCCCCCGUUCCCCCCCACCACCUCCUCCUCACCAUACCACCCCCAGACCUCCUUUCUGACCAUCCCUCCCCAGGCCCCUUCCCCACCGUCCCCCCCAGAUCUCUCCUCCCCACCAUUCCCUCCAGACCUCCUCCCCGACUGUCCCCCCCAGACCUCUCCUCCCCACCAUCCCCCCCAGGCCUCCUCCCCACCUGCUUUGGCCCAUCUGCCCCCACCCUGUCCCCAGCAAAGGGGAGCCAGGGCCUGCUCCCACCUUAGCAAACCUCCCUGAAGUGCAGCGGCCCCACCUGCCAGCCCUGCCGCCGCCCACCCCACAUUAACUAUAAUUUUGUAAGAAGAGUGACUUGUUGGUUUAAUAAAUCUCUAGUUACUGUAAUAAUUUAUUGGCUGCCGUAAUGUAUUUAUUAGUGACCUGCCGUUAAUAAAAGUGCCAGCUUCCUCGCGCGAGCGUGCUGUGUUGUGUCCGCGCUCAGAGCUUCCGCCAGUGUAGCCACAUGACACCAUGACACCCACACCUGUCCUCGCACUCAGCCCAGCCACCCCGGGGCCAGGACUGUGGGCCACCUGGCCAAGGGGCACGGUAUUCUGGGGGCCGGAGGAUCCUGGCAACCGGCCGGGCUCUGCUGACCCCUCGGGGUGGUCACAGCGUGCCUGGUGGGGCCACACCACUGCCCUGGGGACACUGGCCAGGGGGCCCAAGCUUUCCUGCAGUGGCGGGGGCGGGUGUGCGGGCCAGGAAGGUGACUCCGGCAGGAGGGGGUGGCUGUUGCCUGCUUGUCAUCUCUGGCUUCUUCCUCUGUUCUCACGUGGUGCUGUCUCCAUUUCAUGUGUCCUCCUGCGUCCUCCUCCUCCAGGGCAGCUUGCAAGGACGAGCUCCGGGCUCCUUGGUGGUGGGUUGCAGUCAGUGUGCGCAGGACGGUGGCCAGGCCCGCGGGUGGGGACGGGCUCAGUGCCGGCGCCUCCCCUCCCCACGGUUCUCCUGAGCCUCCAGGAUCAGCCCUCCUCCGAGACCCUCCCCACAAACCCGGCUCCCACUGCGCAGAGCUGCAGGCCGGAGACCUCUCCGCAUGCGUGCAUCGUCCCCCCCGCUAGACUGUGUGCUCUGGGAGCAGGUGUGUGCGUGUGCCCGGCCCCCUGGGCAGAGGCUGUGGGGGGCUGAGCCAGAGCCGAGCGCAACUGCACUUGUCCUGCAAGCCCUUCAGCCCGGCCUGCUGGGCUCAGGUCACCCGGGCCACCCCUCCUGGUCCUGAGCCCUCCAGCAUACGUCCCCACCGCGACCCCCGGGGCUGAUGCUGGGGCGGUUGUGCAGUGGACUUGGGAGCUGCUCUCUGGCCAUGGGCUUCCAGCUCUUGGUGGAGCAGCUACGGGACCAGGUGACUGUGUGGAGGGAGGCCUUUUUGUUUGAGUCCUCGGGUGGCGGAGCAUCCCUACUCCUCCCGCAGAGGUGGCACAGGGAGCCUGAGUGUCCCCAGCCCUCUGCCUUGGCCUCCACCCGUCCUCUGAACAGACCCGGUGGAGUCCACCAGGGCAGAUGGGUCCCCCCACUCCCCGAGUGCAGCUGUGCAGACAACAGGCCCGCGGGGGGCUGGGGGUGGAAUGUGCCGGUCGAGGCCAGGAGGGUAACAGGAUCAGAGGUUUUGCUGACCCGGUCUCUCAGAGCACAAGGACAGGGCCGUUUGCUGCAGCUCCCAGAGGAGCCGAGAACCAGGCUCCCGAGGGGCAGCUGAGAACUCGUUCUAGCAACUGGCCUUAGCCAUAAGAACGGGGGUGGGGGCUGUGAGACCCUUGGUCACAGGCCACUGGUGUAAUAAUGCAGUCACAAAGAGGGACUGAAGAUGCACAGAGCUGGUCAUGACCCUCUACUAUUUAUUGCUCUAAAGGUCCCAGACUGCUCGUUUGCUAGACAAACCCAUUUCGUGUCAUUAGCUCUGCAUCUGGCCCAGGGCCGGGUACACGCCUCUGCUCUUCUGGGCCCCAGCUCCGUCGCCUGUCUGUAUUCCCUAGGGGUUGGUGAGACUAUGUCACAUGAGGCAGGUGAAGUGCUGGGCUUGGUGCUUGGCAGAGCGGGGCCUGGUGACCUCUGGUGGCCAGUCCACUAUCCUCCUCACCCGCCUUUCUCUCAGAACCAGCUCAGCCCCGGGGAAUGAGGUGACCCCCAUUGAAUAAUGCCCAGUGAUGCCCACGCCUCCUCCCUGCAAUAGUUUGUUUCAGUGUGGCCUGGAGUAACCCACAGAGCUGGGUUUGGAGUGGCUAAGUUCCCAGGGCUAGGACAGGGUCCUUGGGGAAGGUGGGUGGCUGUCCCUUCCCCUGGGAAGGUACCUUUCAUGGAGGAACCACCUUCCCAUGCAGAAAUGCCUUCGCUCGCAGAGACGUGCUCCCCUGUGUUGCCAAGAAACAUUCCUCAGGUUCGUGUGCUUGACACCCCACAGUAGGAUGAGUCCGUCCUCGCCCAGGGCACAGGGCUGUCCCCUUCAGGUCCUGCUCUACUUGGAGUGCCCAGGAUAGUCACUCCUUUGCUAAAUGGACUUCUGUGUGCAAGACAGUACUUCGUUUUUGCACCACUUCAAACUCCUUGCAGGGUCAGACACGGCUGAGUGUGACCCCACCAGAGGGGUCAGUGGCCAGGCUCCCCAGAGCUCUUAGAGGCAGCUGGGCAGGAACAUGUCUCCCCAGAGUGGUGGCCCUCCGAGGAUGCUGGCAGGAGCCUGGCGUGACUUCCCCUCCAACUGCAGGAGGGGUGCUGAGUCCCUCACCGCUCCCAGAGGACGUCACCCACAGAUUGGGCCCCAGAGAAAGACCUGGACAGGAAGUGCCAAAGCCCAGCUCCCUGGGGCCUCCAUUCCAGCACCUUCCCCCGACCCCUGCACACCUGCCACAGGGAGAGCCCACAUCAGCCUGUCCUCAGCCUCACCCAGGAGCCAUGGUGGGUCCGGGUCCAGUGUCUGCCAUUAGCCCCAGGAUGAGGGUGUAGACCACCCGGAUCGGCGGACUGAGCCACGGUGUGCUGUGACAGGUCGCAGUUCCACUGUCCCCUUCAGAGGAGCCCUGGGCGCACAGGAGGCCCGCUGAGCUGCUGAGCAGCCCCGUUCCUCCCUCUGAAGCCUAAUUCUCUUCUUGUCUCUCCCUGUGCCCCCCCCCCCCACUGUCUGGCUCUCUCUCCCCGCCUGGG